GCGCCUAGCAGACAACGUUAGUACUCGACAAGCGCUGGAGCGAGGGGGAAGGUAGCGCCGUUGCUCCAACCUCCUUGACUGGGACACCCCCGUAACCGCGUUCGUAAAGAUUUAUACGAGUGAGACUGUUGCUUCAGAGUGGUUCUGGGCGUGACCAUCAUGAUUGUUAAGGCGGACGGCGCUGGGCAGCUGCGUCAGGAGGACCAAACCACCAUGUCUCACUCCUCGCCCAUAAUACAGCUGGCCCGCUCCUGUAACUCUUUCCUGAUGCAAGGAUUGAUAAGUUUGCAGGGAGACUGUCGCCCGUUGUUUGUGUGUGGGCGUCAAGUUGGUGCUGUACGCCCUGAUGUUGCUUGCUGCCUUCUCGAUUAUCCUCAGGUGUUUACUCCAACUCCAGAUGCCUUUAUACUGAACGUACAGCUGGACUCUUACACUAAACGUUCAAAUGCUAUCGAUGUUGUACUUAGAGACCUGAGGGCAAAAAAUGUUUUGCGAGCACUCCGUGGUUGGCGAGACGAAUGUUUUAAUGUGUGGGCAGACUUUGGUGUCGAGCCUCUAUUUAAAAUGGAAAGGUCAGCUGUUACUCUUCUAGGAGUGCGUGCCUUUGGAGUACACAUUAUGGGAUAUUCAAGAUCAGCUGAAGAUGGUACAAUGAAUAUUUGGGUGCAGAAAAGAUCACUGGACAAGCCAACAUACCCAGGCAUGAUAGACACCAUGGUUGGUGGUGGUAUCACUGCAGGACUUCAGCCCUUCCAAGUCAUGUUAAAAGAAGCGCAUGAAGAAGCUGGAAUUCCUGAAGACAUUGCAAAAACUGCACAUGCUGCUGGAACAGUUUCAUUCUUCACCGAGACUGAGCGUGGUCUGCAUGCCAAUACUGAAUUUGUGUAUGAUUUGGAGUUGCCUCCAGAUUUUGUGCCGUGCAACAAUGAUGGAGAGGUAGAAUGUUUUGAGGCUGUAUCUGUUGAGGAAUAUGUGGAGCGUGUGACAUCAAUUAAGUACAAGUUAACAUCGGUGCCUGUUGGCCUCGAUUUCCUUGUGCGGCAUGGAUUAAUAACUCCGGACACUGAACCAGAAUACCCUGCCCUCGUAGAACUUUUACAUGCCCCACUUGACCAGUUAUAUCGUAGAUGGCCUCAAAGGAAUUCUCUUUAAGUCUUUCAAAAUACUUAGUUGUGUUUUAGUCAUUACAUGAACCAGUAUUAUUUGGUACAUACAGUAUUUAGUUUUUUUUUAAAUUGUACUGUGAAAUAUAUUUUUAUUAGUAUAGUUAUUUUAGCACUUACAUUUUUAUUACACAUUUUAAUUUAUUAAUUUAAAGUUUAAUAGUCAAAGCCAUUUUCCUAAUUCUUGAACAAUUUGUUUGUGAAAGUUUUCAAGAUAUUCCAUGUAAAGCAGGCUUUUGAAUGAAUGAUCAUUAAAUUGUGGAACAUGUAUGCAUCAAAGAUUGUGGUGUGAAAUGGUAACUGUUGUAAAGUCACUCGUGCAAGCGUGACGGUGGUGCUUGUAUUGUGGUGUAAUUCCUUCGGUGUAUAGAUGGGGUAGCAGUAAACCUUUUGCAGGUGCUGACUAUAGAAAUAGGGGUUUACAGAAGACGUGUGAUGAAUCGUAAAGAAAUAUUUACAAAUAACAUUACUGUACUUUAAAAAUAGCUUCAUAAGUAAAUCAGAUUAUGCUUUAUUCAAUAAUGUUCAGCACAAGUGUAUUUAAGUAUACCUUAGAAUGUAUUUUUUCUAAAUGUUUGUAAUUUAGAGAAGUGGCACAAAAUGCAAACGGCAUUUGUAGGGAAUGUUACAGAAUGUUGCGGGCACAUCAAAGCACACACAGUAGUAGAGCUUUGAAUGGUAAUGCUACACACCAAAUUUGUAAAAUCAAUAGAGAGAACUUAAGAAUUCAUAAUUUUUUUAAUAGUUAAUACACGUGCAUGUGUAGCCAUUUAUACAGGAAAGUAUAUACACUGUAUAUGCAUUUAUAUUGAUAACUUUCAAUAUGUUAUUUUGGUUUUAUGCAGACAAUGUAUUCCUUCCCAAGCAGGUGUAUAGGUAUAUACUGCAUAGGUUUUAGCCAAAAAAAAAAUUGUGGAAAAAUAACUUUAGAAUAUUAUAUUACAUACAAAAUUAUAGUACGGUGAAAGCAAGUAUGUUCUUUUUUAAACCAGUUCCAUUAACUUUCCCAAGCUAUGAAUCUCAUUUGAAGAUUAUGAAAUGUUUUUGGAUCCUAUUUAAAAUUGAGAAUUUCUUAUGUUCACCAAACCAUGGAAGUCUGUGGAUGAAGGUAGAAGCACAUUAAAGUACAGUAUUCUGGUUCUCUUGGUGGAUAUCUAUUAUGAGGCAAAAUUAAGAUUGUGCUUACUAAAAUUUUAUCGGGUGUGGAGAAAUGAAAGGACCGAAUAUGAAUGCUCUAAAACAUAAGAGGAGUAAUAAAUGUUUUCAUAAAUGUGUAACUCGAAUUAGUUUGGUCCAAUGGGAAAAGCAUUGAGCAUGACUUAAAAAAAAAAAAAAAAAAUUCAUGUCUAGAUGGAGGCAGUUUUCAUCAGCAGCGCACAACAUAGCACAAGGGUUGAAUUUUGACUGAAGAUUAAGGCUACAUAUAUUUACAUGUUGGGAGUGAUGUAACCAAAACAAUGAGUGACUGAAGGGGGGAAGAUUCAUACAAGGUUGGGCGGGUGUCCUAUUGGAAAGAUGGGACUGACAAACGAGUGAUAGAUGCCUCUUGGGUAGAUUUGACUAGAAAAAUGUCAAUCUGUAGUAGAUUACUGAAGUUUAUUUGAACUUUUGAAACAUUAUUCUAAACACGUAAUAUAAUGCUGUGUAAUGUGCAAAUGUAGAAAUGUUGAUGGGUUACUUAAAUUUGUUUUGGUCCAAGAGAAAAGAUUAUAAAAUGGUAUAAAUGUGAUGGAUAUAUAUGGGAGGGAGGGGGGCAGUUGUCAUGACUGAAAAUUUACAUAUUGGUGUAUAGCCUGUGUUGAGUAUUCUUGUACUUGGAGCUUUCCAGUUCAGUUCUACAUUAUAAUAAUAGGCUGUGUGAAGUAGUGACCCUAAAUCAUUACUUUCUUAAUUUAAAUACUUAAUGAUAAAAGGCAGAGUAAAUGUUGUACUGUAAUAAGUAUGUUCGAUACCAAAGUAACUAUUACUCGCUUUUCAAAUCCUGAAUUAGUCCAGAAAAAACAAAAGUUCCUUAGCCUGUACUCAUCAAACUAAUCAAAGUACUUUUGCAUGCAUAAUUCAGUAGCUUCAGAUCUACCCUUCCCAAGUUAUUGCAUUGUGAAAUGACUUAAAAUACUAGAAUAAGUAAUGGUUUUUGUUUAAGAUGUACUGAAACUAGGUACUGUACAUUACUUUACGGAAGCAUUAUAAAAGUACUUCACAUUACUACAUAGUAUCUGACUGUAAAGUAAAUAAGUAUAGUGACCAGCUGUAGAUUUACUUUAAUUUGAGCCAGUUUACUUUAACCAGAACUUGACUAAUAAUGAAUGAAUAAUAUUUAGUAUUUAUUAAAUGAAAUAUAUUACUGUACCCAAGAUACAUUGAAACAAUACUGUAAUGUUUGUGUAAAUGCAUAUAGUAUAGGUAAUCACCUGUAUGUAUUUGGUGAUUUUGUGUAAAGAGAAGAGCUAGAAUUUGUUUAUUUUAUAUGGAGUAUGUUUAGCACUAUUUUAUUGAAAGCAAUAAAUAUAUAUUUUUU